AUGGAGAUAGCAGAUACUCUUCCAAAAUACAUCAGUUAUUUCAAUGAGAAGGGUCAAAUUAUGGAACAGCUUAUAGACUAUGAAUGGUUGCCAACAAAAUGUACUAAUUGUAAGAAAUUGGGACACUCAGUAACAUCGUGUAAGUAUGUUUCUGAAGAAGUUUGGAGGCAGAAAGAAUUGAAGCAUAAGGAAGAGAAACCUGGUAGUUCGAAUGCAGGGAAACCUGAGGCAGAGAAACCUGUACACUCGAAUGAAGAGAAACCUGAGGCAGAGAAACUUGUAAUUCUGAAUGCACCUAGUUCAGUUCAUCAAUUAAAUUCUACUCAAUUAGCUGUUGUCCAGCCAUAUACUGAUCCUGUAGAGGUUCAUUGGGUUUCUCUGAAAACCACUAGAGUUAAAAGGCAAGGAGUCCAGCCUUCAGUUAAGCAGAUCAUGAACCAGUUUAGUGUGCUCCAGGAGCAUCAGAAACCAGUGUCUACUUUCCCAACCACACCAGACCCGAGAACUUUAUGGCAUGAUUUGUCCCAUUUGCAAUGGCCUAUAAAAGCUUGGAUCAUUCUUGGGGAUUUUAAUACUAUUUUUGCACCGAAUGACAGAACGGGAGGCAUACCUAUCACAGUGAAAGAAAUGGAGGAUGCUAGACAGUGGCUUUAUCUUGGCUUAGUUGAUGAAAUGAAGAUUAUGGGGUCUUUUUACACUUGGGAGACAGUUUUAGCCAACUGGUCGAAACAGUUACUGUAUAAUGGUAGAGGGUUAGAGCAAAUCAGUUGGAAACUUACCCGUCUUAAGCAUGUCUUGAAGGCGUUUAACUGGAAGGUAAUGGGGGAUGUAGCAUGUAAUUAUGAGAGAAGCAAAAGAUUAUAUCAACAGGCCCAUUCUAACUGCUUUGUUGAUCCGUCUAAUAGCAGAUUGUGUAAUGAGAAUCGAGAAGCUUUUCUGGAUUUUAAAAGGCAGGAGAGAUUGUAUGCUAGUUUCCUCUACCAAAAGAGCAAAAUAGACUGGUUACGUUUUGGAGAUGACAACUCUUCGUUUUUUCAUGCUAGUUUAAAGAAGAGGAAAUUAGCUAAUAGGAUUGUGUCCUAUAUUACUGAUGACGGGCAUCAUUUUAAGAGUUUUCUGGGUGUAGCUAGCAAGGCUACGGGUAACAUUGAUGUUCAAGCUAUUGGAUAUGGUUCAGUGUUGAGUAGUGAAGCCCAGUUGAGUUUGAUCAAGCCGUUCACUGUCCUUGAGGUUAAAGCAACUACGUUUAGUAUUCACUCUCUUAAAAGCCCAAGUCCAGAUGGUUAUGGGGCGGGUUUUUUCCAAGCAUUAUGGAAGGAUAUUGGCAAGGAAAUAGCUUUAGCUGUCCUUGAGUUUUUUGACUCAGCUUGCAUUCCUCAGACUUUAAAUAAAACUCUCAUUUCUCUUAUCCCGAAAGUGGACCAGCCAGUAAAUGCCACUGAUUUUAGGCCUAUUGCUUGUUGCAAUACUAUUUACAAGUGCAUAUCCAAAAUGUUGUGCAAUAGGCUAAAAUCUGUUCUUCCUUCACUGAUUAAUCAGAAUCAUGGGGCUUUUAUCAAGCAUCGCUCUCUUGCUCAUAAUGUUCUUAUCCUUCAAGACUUGCUUAAAGGAUACAAUAGGAAAAAUAUUUCCCCUCGGUGUCUUUUGAAGAUUGAUAUUAGCAAGGCAUAUGACUCAAUUGACUGGGAUUUUUUGGAAAAACUUCUUCAUGCUCUUUGUUUUCUGAUGAGAUUUAUUAGGUGGGUCAUGGUUUGCCUUCGGGGUUCAUCCUAUUCUUUAGUGAUGAAUGGUAGCAUUCAUGGUCAUUUUCAAGGAGCAAAAGGUCUCAGACAAGGAGACCCAAUAUCGCCUUUAUUGUUUGUUAUGGUGAUGGAUUAUCUUACUCGUUUGCUGUUAAAGGCUUCUAUGGAGAAAGGUUUUAGAUUUCAUCCUUUAUUUAAGUCUCUAAAGCUUGUUAGUCUUUGUUUUGCUGACGAUCUCCUCUUGUUUUGCAAAGCCACCCCGAGGUCAGUCAUGAUACUUCAGCAAGCAUUUAAUGAUUUUACUAUGUCCUCGGGCCUCUCUAUUAAUCAAAGCAAAUCUAGAAUGUAUAUUGGAGGGCUAGUUGCUGGGGAUAAAGUUUCCCUAUUACUGUGUUCUAAUUUUAUUGAAGGACAAUUCCCUUUGAAAUAUUUGGGUGUCCCGUUGAGACCUACUAAAUGGAGGGCUACUGACUGCGAUAUUAUCCUUAAGAAAAUGAGAAUACGUCUGAAUGGUUGGGCAAGUCACCAUUUAUUUUAUGUUCGUCGGGUCCAGUUAGUUCACUCUGUUUUAUUGGGGAUUCGUUCUUAUUGGAUGAAUAUAUUUCUGUUACCUCAGUGUGUAAUCAGAGAUAUAGACUGUCUUUGUAGGAAAUUUCUUUGGGGUGAGAAGGAUAACAGAAGCAAGCUUCAUCUUAUCUCUUGGGAGCAUGUCUGUCGCCCAAAAUGUUUCGGUGGUUUGGGUUUUAGGGAGGGUUCUUCUUGGAAUAAGAUUAUGUUGGCUAAAUUCAUCUGGGCUGUUUCCUCCAAGCAGGAAAUUCUUUGGGUAAAAUGGGUUAAUUGUGUUUCCUUAAAAGGAGCUUCAAUAUGGGAUUAUCUGUUAAAGCAAGAUACCAGCUGGUAUUGGAGGAAGAUCAUCAAGUUCUGUCGUGUCUUGUCUAGUGCUGAUUUGGAGGCUGCAAUUAUGAAUGGAAAACUUCAGCUAGGAAAGCUGGCAAUUUGGUGCACUAUGAGAAGGCAGUUUGGCGUAGGCUCUCGGUUCCUAAGCACAAAUUUAUCCUUUGGCUUGCUGAAAGUAUUGCAGGCUGUUCAAGGGUGGUUGAGAGGGGCUUCUUGGCCUGCUCAGUAUGCGGCUUGGAUUCAGUGGUUGUCUUUGCCUCGUACAGGUUGGUGUUCAUUGGUGGCAAAUGCAGCUUGUGCAGCUAUUGUGUACCUCAUCUGGCUGAACAGGAACCACUGCUGGGUUGAGAAGAGUUGUUUACCUGUGUCUAAGAUAGAUAACUUGAUCAGAUUUUCAGUUAAGGCUAGAGUGCAGAACUUACUAGAUCGACAGUGUACUAUUAGAGAGAGACAAAUGAUAAAAUUUGUCAGUAAUUUGUAA